UCGGGGAUCUAACAAAAAACCUUCUGGUUCUAGAGUUUUAAAUCUUCUCUAGUUGAAUCUACUUUAAAUGCGUUUGUGCUCAAUAAAACAUUAUUUCUAAAUACAUACGCCAGCUCGUGUAUACAAAUUGUAGUCAUCUUCAUAUCCUAGCGGCUUGAUUUAACGCUGGGAACUUACGCACGCUUUUUAAAGUUUUAUUGCUUUCAUGCGCGUUUAGCUACAAACUUUUGACUUCGGAACGAGAUCGCGUCCAUCCAGCGACCGCAGUUUACUCCUUGUUUCAGACCCCCUGGGUCAGUCCGCCAGCUGCUGCCGUCCGUCUCAGGGAGUUUUACGUGCGGAAACAACGCGAUUUCUUUUCUCUCUCUCUUUGCGUCCGCCGAGGGUGCGAUCUGGGCAGCGACACUCGGCGAAGCUCUGCCCUGCGCGCCUCAGGUGGAGCGCAGCGUGUUCGGCGAGUUUGCGCGCUGUUCUCGGUCGCUGUCUCCAUUUCCACCCGCAGCACUCCGCGUUGACAAGCGCUUCUAUCCUCACUUCGCCUCUCCGACUUGCUCUCAUCACCCCAGUUGGUCGAACUUCCCGCUCCACUCGGAAGACAGAAGACACCCCCUCGGCGGUUCGGACAGCAUCGGCAGAGCGAAGGAACAGCCAACAUUUCGGAGCAAUGCCUUCUCUACCCACGGGUGGCGCAGAGUGGCCAUCGUAUUCUGAAGCCUUUUCAACAAACAGAUAUGCUGAGAUGCUUGUAGCUUUCCUCAGGCAGCGAGAGCUGUAGGUGUCCUCCAGGGCUGGGAGCUGUGUCCCGAUGAUCUUCUGUGCGCUAGAGACAACCCGCCGAAGUGCUUUCCUAUCAGCUAGAAUGUUUUACAGUACCCUUCUUUUAUUUAUCAUAUCUGGACUCUUGUACGGUGAAGAGACAACUAGUCGUGGAGGAGCUCGUGGGGCAGUUCCCUCUCCCGGGAAGGGGUUGUCCGGGAGGAGAAAGGACAAGGAGGACGUCUUGGACUCCAGCCAGGCUGCUCUCAUUGUAAUGGAUCGGCGUUACGUGCGCAGGGACUGGUGCAAGUCCCACCCUCUCAUCCAGACCCUGAAGGAGGAAGGGUGUGUCAGCCGCACCGUCAUCAACCGCUUCUGCUACGGGCAGUGCAACUCGUUCUACAUCCCGAGCUACGAGUACGGCGGAGAUCCCUUCCGCUCCUGCUCCUUCUGCAAGCCGAGGAAGUUCAACACCGUCACCAUCUCCUUCAACUGCCCCAGCCUUCGGCCUUCGUCCAGACGGAGGCGGAUCCAGCUGGUGAAGGAAUGCCGCUGCAUCUCCAUAGACCUGGAGUAGGGCACGGUGGGGAAAAGCUGCUGUCUGUUUUCAGAGUGGCACUUUAUAAACCUGGGAAAUCAGCCCAAUGGGCAGGAGGACUCCACGAUGCGUAUAAACGAAACCCAUCCAGGUGAAAUCAAGCAUAAGCAUGCAAGUUGGCAACUGUUUCAAUAAAUCAUUAAAUUAUGUAAAUGGUAAAUCAGUCACGGAAUCUAAAAAGCCAUUCUUUUUUAAACAAAGAAACAUAUGAUAAUCUACGGUGAAGAAAAUGCUAUCUGAUGAUUGGAAAGGAAAUCAAGCAGGUGACUGCUAAAAAAAAAUCAAUCUUCCUUAAGAAGCAAGCUUGUUUCUGGGCAUGCACUUCAUCUGCCUGUGAAGAACUGCAGGCCAGAUCCCAAUGUGGGUUCCAGCUCUGCUGAACAAUAGCUUUCUUUCAUUUUAGGCAGUGCUUUUGACCUUUGCAAAUGUGCCAUUGUGUAUUGUUCUUUGAGGGGAGGGGUGGUUACGCUGUCAUUUGAAACCACAAUAACCAAUAAAUACAAAUCUUAACAUCAUUGAUGAUGGUGCUUUCUCAAUGAAGUCUUGUCGUGAGAUGAUCUGGGACUGAUAGUUUUGAUAAAACUGAUAUUGACGUGACUGGUUACUUUCUGUACCGCCAGCCUGCAGGUCACCCUCGGGCAAGGUGUAGCACCUGCUUAGCCCCCCGAUCGGGGUCACGUGAAGCCACGGGAGCAGGUGGUGGAUGGUCGUACGAGCAGCCGGUGCAGAUCACAAGUCCUGGUUAUGCGACCGCUGACGCAAGGCAGACAAUCUCUGAAGAGUAUUGAUAAUGGCUGGGUUCACCCAUCUUGUGAAGACAACGGUAAAGCACUUCUGAAGAAAAAUUUGCCAAGAGCAAUCAUGGUCACGAGACCAUGAUCGCCCACAUCAUACAAAUUAGAAUCAGGUUUGCUAUUACCGACAUACGUCACGAAAUUUGUUGUCACGGCACUUGAUGAUGGUGAUGAUGUGUACGAAUUUAAUAUGGGCUAAGAUCUGUGUUCAGAAAGAGCAGAAAGUAAUUCUAUGUGAACCAAAGUAAUCAGAACAUAGCAAACAACCCCCCCCUGCAACCCCACUUCACAGAGUGAAUAACCACCCUUUGCCACACUUUUGGACUGUGGGAUUUGAGGCUUUGCAACCGUGGUUCGUUACUUUGAUUCAAAAAAUGAAAAUAUGCUCAAGCAACCUCCAAUCCAGUAUCUUGAGAUAUCACCAGUCAUUGGGCCAACCACCGAACCUAGCCAGGAAUUGGUUACACAAGAAAUGAGACGGAUGUUUAUCUCCCUGUGACCUCUUAAGUGUAUGUUCCUGUUCAGAAUGUGUAGCUUCCCAAGUGAAUUUUCUUUAAAUCAUUUCAGAAAGGCUAUUCUUGCUUCAGAGCAUUAUUGUUGUUUGUUAUCGAUUAAAGCUUAGAGUCAUUGAACCCUCCAGCACAAAUGUAGGCUAUUUGGCCCAUCCAGUCCAUUCUGAACUAUGAAUCUGCCUAGUCCCAUUGACCAUAGCCCUCCAUCCCCCUUCCAUCCAUGUACCUAUCCAAAUUUCUCCUAAAUGUUGAACUUGAACCCACCUCCACUGGCAUCUCCUUCCACACUCUCACCACCCUCUGAGUGAAGAAGUUUCCCCUCAGGUUCCCCUUAAACUUUUCACCUUUCUCCCUUAAUCUCAAACUCAGUGGGAAAAGCCUGUCCUCAUUUACCCCUCAUAAUUUUGUAUACUUCUAUCAAAUCUCCUCUCAUUCUGCUACGCCCUGAAGAACAAAGUCCUAACCUAUUCAACCUUUCUCUGUAAUCCAGGUUCUCAAGUCCUGGCAACAUCCUUGUGAAAUUUUUCAGCACAUUUUCAAUCUUACUUACAUCUUUCCUGUAGGUAGGUGACCAAAACUGCACACAAUAGUCCAAAUCAGGCCUCACGAAAGCCUUGCACAACUUCAACACAACAUCUCCUGUACCCAAUACAUUGAUCCAUGAAGACCUAUGUGCCAAAAGCUUUCUUUAUCUCCCUAUCUACCUGUGAUACCACUUUCAAAGAAUGAUGGAUCUGUAUUCCCAGAUCUCUCUCUGUUCUACAGCACUCCUCUGUGCCCUAAUGCUCGCUGUGUAAGUCCUACCCUGGUUGGUCCUCUCAAAGUGCGACACCUCACACUUGCCUGCAUUAAACUCCAUCUGCCAUUUUCCAGCCCAUUCUUCCAGCUGGUCCGAACCCUGCUACAAGCUCUGAUAAUCUUCCUCAUCGUCCACUACGCCCCAAUCUUGAUGUCAUCCGUAAAUCUGCUGAUCCAUUUGAUAUGGAAGACAAACAAUGGGUCCAUCACCGAUCCCUGCGGCACUCCUCUCGUCACAGGCCUCCAGUCAGAGAGGCAACCAUCUCCUGCAAGGCCAAUGUCUAAUCCAAUUUGCAACCUCGUCUUAAAAAUCCUUAAAGAUAUUUUUAUUCAGUUUAUUAAGUAGGAGGAUUGUGAGGAAGAUGGUCAAAGAAUCCAGCAGGAUGUACAACUUCUGGAAAUUUGGGCAGGGAAAUGCACAUCCGGAUAAGUGUGAGGUGUCACACUUUAGAAGGUCAAAUUCAAACUUCAAAAUAAUUUUUAUUAUCGGAGCACAUAUAUGUCACCAUAUACAACCCUGAGAUUCAUUUUCUUAUGGGCAUACUCAACAAUUCUGUAAAUAUAAAGGCAUUCAUUAGUUUUGCGAGAACAUGGAUCUGU